UCACUGCCUGACUUUUCGGGCUCCGCGAAAACGAGGCACCUCUAGGGUUGUGCUAACCGCGAGGAGACUGGCACUAUAAUUAUAAUAUUUUUCAUACAACAAAAAGUAAUCACUGAAUUUCUUGUGGUAAACAUUCAAUUUUUCAGACGAUCAUGCCCGAUUAUUUAGGAAAAGAUCAAAGAAAGGUAAAAGGAAAUGAAGAUAAAGAGGAAAAACCGUUUCAAGCUCUUGAUGAAGGUGAUAUACAAUUGUUAAAAACAUAUGGAGCUGGAUCAUACAGCAAAGCUAUUAAAAAAGUUGAAGAAGAUAUCAAAAACUCGUUGAAAAAAGUCAAUGAGUUGACAGGUAUUAAAGAAUCUGACACCGGCUUAGCUCCUCCAGCUCUAUGGGAUUUAGCAGCAGAUAAACAGGCUUUGCACAGUGAACAACCACUUCAAGUUGCUAGGUGUACAAAGAUCAUAAAUGCAGACACAGAUGAUGCAAAAUACAUUAUCAAUGUCAAGCAAUUUGCUAAGUUUGUUGUUGAUUUAGGAGAUCAAGUUGCCCCGACAGAUAUUGAAGAAGGAAUGCGUGUUGGAGUUGAUCGUAACAAAUAUCAAAUUCAUAUUCCUCUUCCACCAAAAAUAGAUCCCACUGUCACAAUGAUGCAGGUUGAAGAAAAACCCGAUGUGACAUAUUCUGAUGUUGGUGGAUGCAAGGAACAGAUUGAGAAAUUACGAGAAGUUGUUGAAACACCUAUGUUACAUCCAGAGCGAUUUGUAAACCUUGGCAUUGAGCCCCCUAAGGGUGUGCUGCUGUUUGGACCACCUGGCACUGGUAAAACUCUCUGUGCACGCGCUGUUGCCAACAGAACUGAUGCUUGUUUUAUCCGAGUCAUUGGUUCUGAACUUGUUCAGAAGUAUGUUGGUGAGGGAGCAAGAAUGGUUAGAGAACUGUUUGAAAUGGCGCGAACUAAGAAAGCUUGUAUAAUAUUUUUUGACGAAAUUGAUGCCAUUGGAGGGGCUAGAUUUGACGAUGGUGCUGGUGGGGAUAACGAAGUUCAAAGAACUAUGUUAGAACUUAUUAAUCAACUGGAUGGAUUUGAUCCAAGAGGAAAUAUCAAAGUAUUAAUGGCUACAAACAGACCUGAUACCCUUGAUCCGGCUCUGAUGAGGCCUGGUCGUCUCGAUCGUCGAGUUGAGUUCAGUCUUCCAGAUUUGGAAGGCCGCGCAAGUAUCUUUAAAAUUCACGCAAGAUCCAUGAGUGUAGAACGCGACAUACGUUUUGAGCUGCUUGCAAGACUUUGCCCUAACAGCACAGGUGCUGAAAUCCGAAGUGUAUGUACUGAAGCUGGAAUGUUUGCUAUUCGUGCUAGGAGAAAGGUUGCUGGCGAAAAAGAUUUCCUCGAAGCUGUUAACAAAGUCAUCAAGGCAUACGCGAAAUUUAGUGCAACUCCUCGUUAUAUGACUUAUAAUUAAGAACGCUUAUCCUCUGAUUUUUUGCUUUUUGAAAUCUUUGUGUAAAAUAAGGAAACUAUUUUAAAAAUUUAAAUUAAAAUGUUAUGAAUUUUGUGGAAAGUCACCUGAUGCAACUAUUAAAGUUGUUAGAAUUGAUGGUAUGAAUUAAAACCUCGAUAUUGCUGACUAGAACUGAGAUGUUUUCUGUGUAUACCAAAGCAUUGAGUGAACUGUAAAAUGGAUGUCAGGACAUGGCUUUCCAGAUUGAUAUAACUAUUUUAGUAUUAUUGAUUUAUCGUUCAUAAAUGGUUUGAUUGUUUUUCUUUCAAAUAUUAAUAAGAAUGUAUUUUUGAUUUA